AUGGGUCAGCGCUUUCCUAGCGGAACAACGACUCGAGUGGAUCCAAUGAGAUCACGCCGCGUUCUGGGCCCUAUGGUGAGAACAAGCCGGUGAUCGCAAGGGGAAAAUCAAGAAACAGUUAAUAGUGUGGCUACGAAGAGGUUCACUCAAUACAUCAAGAAGCGUACAACGCAAAUAAUACGAGAUUGAAAGUUUUAGCUUGUUGCAAGUUAAGUCGUGCUCUUUCAAUUUGUGUAUAUAUUUUUGCGUAAACCAGCCUGCUUCAAAAAACGGAACUGCUGCCGGCUCGAGAAGGUCACCAUGAGGAGGAAGAUGUUGUUAUGGGCUCUCUUCUGCCUUGUCCUGGCACUGCUGCCUUCACAAACAGCCUCUGUAGCAGUCAUGUCAGUUGACCUAGGCAGUGAGUGGAUGAAAGUAGCGAUAGUAAAACCUGGCGUGCCAAUGGAGAUUGCUUUAAACAAGGAGUCCAGGAGGAAAACGCCAAUAGCCGUGUGUUUGAAAGAAAACGAGCGACUUUUUGGAGACAGUGCAUUAGGAGUGUCUGUGAAGAAUCCCAAAUUUGUCUAUAGGCAUCUUCAGAGCCUCCUGGGCAAGAAGCAUGACAACCCACAGGUGGCGGUCUACCAGAAACGCUUCCCCGAGCACCAUCUGGGGAAAGAUGAGAGUCGGGGCACAGUUCUCUUUAGAAACUCAGAAGAAAUGCAGUACUCUCCAGAGGAGCUCCUGGGCAUGGUUUUGAACUAUUCACGUGGACUGGCUCAGGAUUUUGCAGAGCAGCCCAUCAAAGAUGCAGUGAUCACCGUCCCGGCCUUUUUCAAUCAGGCAGAGCGCAGGGCGGUCCUGCAGGCCGCGCAGAUGGCAGGUGUUAAGGUCCUUCAGCUCAUCAACGACAACACGGCGGUGGCGCUCAACUACGGCGUCUUCAGGAGGAAAGACAUCAACAGCACAGCUCAGAACAUGAUGUUCUAUGACAUGGGUUCAGACAGCACGACGGCAACCAUCGUCACGUACCAGACGGUCAAGACCAAAGAGUCGGGCACCCAGCCACAGCUCCAGAUCCGAGGAGUGGGGUUUGACCGCUCUCUGGGGGGCUUUGAGAUGGAGCUGCGGCUGCGGGACCACCUAGCCAAGCUGUUCAACGAGCAGAAGAAGACCAAGAAGGACGUGAGGGAGAACCACCGUGCCAUGGCCAAGCUCCUCAAGGAGGCCCAGAGACUCAAGACUGUACUGAGCGCCAACGCUGAAUUCAUGGCACAGGUGGAGGGGCUUCUAGAUGAAAUUGAUUUCAAGGCCAAGGUGACCCGUGUGGAGUUUGAGGCACUGUGUGCUGACCUGUUUGAGAGAGUGCCUGGCCCAGUACAGGAGGCCCUUAGCUCUGCAGAGAUGUCCCUGGACGAGAUUGAGCAGGUGAUCCUGGUGGGCGGCUCCACCCGAGUGCCUAAGGUGCAGGAGGUGCUGCUCAAAGCCGUUGGGAAAGAGGAGCUGGGAAAGAACAUCAACGCAGACGAGGCUGCAGCCAUGGGUGCCGUGUACCAGGCCGCUGCCCUCAGCAAGGCCUUCAAAGUCAAACCCUUCCUGGUCAGGGAGGCAGCCGUUUUCCCAAUCCAGGUGGAGUUCACCAGGGAGACGGAGGAUGAGGAUGGCUCCAGGAGCCUGAAACACAACAAGCGUAUCCUGUUCCAGAGGAUGGCCCCCUACCCCCAGCGCAAGGUCAUCACCUUCAACCGCUACACUGAUGACUUUGCCUUUGACAUCAACUACGGAGACCUCACCUUCUUGGGCCAAAAUGACCUCAGUGUGUUUGGGUCUCUCAACCUGACCACAGUGCAGCUGUCUGGGGUGAGCAGCAGCUUCCAGAAGCACAUGGACGCUGAGUCCAAGGGCAUCAAGGCCCACUUCAACAUGGACGAGAGUGGCAUGCUCCUCCUGGACCGGGUGGAGUCUGUCUUUGAGACCAUUAUGGAGGAGAAGGAUGAGGAGUCAACUCUGACAAAACUGGGAAAUACCAUUUCCAGCCUGUUUGGAGGGGGAUCCUCAGAGUCCAACGCAAAUGUGACGGAACCAGUUCAGGAUGAGGAGGAGGUUCAUCCGGAGACUGGGAAGGAGCAGGGCCAGAAGGAGGAGGCUGCUCCCCAGGAAGAGAAGCUGGAGCCUGGGGAGAAACAGGAGGAGGAGGUCCCAACCCAAGAGAAGACUGAGGGAGAGGCAUUGGACAGCAAGGCUGACCCUCAGGAUGAAAAGGAAGGAGAAAAAAAUGGAAAAGAGGAAGCGGCAGGGGAAGCGGCAGGGGAAGCGGCAGGGGAAGCGGCAAAGGAGCCUCAGAAGAAAGCCAAGCCUCAGAAGAAAACCAAGUUCUCUGAGGAUGUCACAGUGGAGCUCCAAGUGAACGACAUCCUUAACCCUAGCUUGGAAGCUAUCGCCUCCUCAAACAAGAAGCUCCAAGACCUGACUGAUAGAGACCUGGAGAAGCAAGAGAGGGAGAAGACCCUGAACAGUCUCGAGGCAUUCAUUUUUGAGACCCAGGACAAGAUGUACCAGGAAGAGUACCAGGCGGUGGUGUCAGAGGAGGAGAAGGAGGCCAUCACGACCAAGCUGAGCGAGGCGUCGGCCUGGAUGGAUGAGGAUGGCUACUCUGCAGUCACCAAGGAGCUGCGGGAGAAGCUGCAGGAGCUCAAGAAACUGUGCAAGGCCAUGUUCUUCCGUGUGGAGGAGCGCAGGAAGUGGCCCGACCGCCUGGCUGCCCUGGAGAGCAUGCUCAACCACUCCAGCUUCUUCCUCAGGAGCGCCAAACUAAUACCAGAGGACGACCAAAUUUUCACCGAAGUGGAGCUGAAGACGUUAGACAAAGUCAUCAACGAGACCACUACGUGGAAGAACGACACUGUGGCCGAGCAGGAGAAGCGUUCUCCCACGGAGCGGCCUGUGCUGCUGUCCAAAGACAUUGAGUCCAAGCUGUCUCUGCUGGACCGCGAGGUCAACUACCUGCUGAACAAGGCCAAGUUUGCCAAGCCCAGGGCCAAGCCCAAGGCCAAGAACAACAGCACCACCUCGGAGAGCAACAGCAAGGCCAACAGCAGCAAAACAGAGGAGAAAGUCAUACCUCCCAAGGAGGAGGAGACUAAAGACAAAGAAGCAACUGAGGAGGUGCGGCCAGGAGAGGAACCGCCCACCAUAGAGCCCACUGGACAGAACACAGACUCGUCCAGCCAAUCACAGCCUAAAGAUGAAACUGCAAGUACAGAAUCAGCGGAGAAAGACCAGUCAGAAAACCAUGUCGGGGAUGAGUUAUAACAGCUGGAACUGAAGAUAUCUCAUUGUAUUUAUUGACAAUGUUUAAUUGUUCAAGUUUCCGCCUCCAUUUUUUGGGGGGAGUUUUGUUUUUCCACCCUUUUUAUGUUGAAAACCAGAAAGACAUUGGAUCAGCUCAGACACCUUGAACUCUUUUAUUCCCUCUUCCUUUCUCACUUUCUGUUGAUCUUCAUCCCCUCAGCCACUAUACAUCUCUCCUCUCACUGACAUGGUGAGCAAGGAACACUUACGAAGUCUGGAAUAACCAGUAAAGGAACUGAACCCAAGACCUCAAGUUUCUGUUCUACUAUUCUGCCCUUAAGGUUUAGGCAUACCUUCCCGCAUGCAAACAACCUUAUUUUAACAACUGUAUAACUGCUACUGCAUAGAACAGAACAAGUACCUGAUACAAAAUGUUUUGUUUUGGAAGGACCAAUAAUAUCAGGACUCAAUGUUUCCUCCACUGCAAAAUUCAGCUUUCGUCUCAUUCUGUGAUCAAAAAAGGUUGUGACUUUUCCUCUCAAGCACGGUUGUCCUCAAAUAUCUUCUGUGUUUUCUCCGGGCAAAUCUUGCUUUCAUUAACUUUUAGUGGGUUUUCUGUCUGUGUGUGUGUUCUUCAGAAAGAUCUCAUUGGGAUGGAACUAGCUAAUGUAUGCUCCUCUUUGCAAGUGGAAUGGUGUAUUUUAGUUGUCUUUGAAUAUUGAAUUCCCCGCUUAAUGCCUUGUAUUGUCGCUGAGAAAAUGCAAAAACAAGAAAUUGUCAUCAGAAUAUGAUUGACAUUGACAACCAUCCGCUAAGUGUGUUCAUAGGUGUAAAAUCCAUAUUUUACACCUCCAUGUUCUAAUUAGCAUUGUUCUUUCUGAAAAUUCAUCACUGACUUAUUAGCAUGAGGGAAAAAAACAUGUUACGUUGAAUGACGUCUGUCUUUUGGUAUGCAAUACUUAUGUGCAGUUUCAUCUCUAUAAAUUGUACUCAAUACAGAUGGUGAAUGAAGUAAGUUCACUGAACUAAGGGGCUGCCAUGGGCUGUGUUCAAUAGGUGGAAAACAUUGUUGUAAUGGAGUGAAAUUGCACAUAUGAACAUAUUUUGUUGCAUAAAGUUUUGCUACGAUGUACCCUACUGAACACUACCCUGGUGUUUGUAUGGAUGCCAGUAUGAAUUUGAGGACUGCUCGACUGUGUUGCACUGCCUGAAAAAUAAGCAGAUAAUGUUGUCCAUGUUUCAAGCUGCUUGGAGCUCUAGCAGAGGAGUCCUACUGGGCACACACUGGUUGAAUCAACGUUUCCACUUCAUUUCAAUGAAUUGAUGUUGAAUUGACGUCUGUGCCCAGUGGGGUGGUUCCUGCUCUUUGCAUCACCUCGGAUGGUUUGUGGGGGGAAAUAAACAAAAUAAACAGGAAGGGAGAUGCCAACGUUUUGUUUCUAAACUUUUAAUAAACAGUUUUUUUUAAA